AUGGACACUAGUCUGUAUUUUCCACCAUAUACCCACACACAAAAUACCAGUAGUGACGAGUUAAACACUACGCAUAAUAAAGGCUCCUUACUACUCAACACUGAGCCUCGAGAUUUAGAUAAGUUAUUUCAUCGGACUUCUUUUCAACAAAAGCCCGAAGAGGAUAUUUGUUUUCCUCCAAAUAAUAGACCAUCCGUGUCCAGUAAUGAGAGCACUUUAGAUGAUCGACAUAAAAACAAGACAAUUCCUAAAAACAACAAUGGCAAUAGCAGUUUUGAGGAUAUCAACCUAAAUGCUCUUUAUGAGCUAAUGCAGAAAAGAAAAGAACAACCCUAUAGUCCAGCACAACGCCAUUUGUUGAGCCUUUAUGGAGAUAACACACUUACAUGCAACCAUCAGCAGAAAUAUUCGCAAUAUCCACCUCAGACAACAAAAGAUGAAAAUAGAUUCAUGUAUUAUCAUCCUGACACUGGAAGUCUUUUAGGACCCACUCUGCAAGAAAUCAGCUUACCCCCGCAGAUGACAUUGGAAGGACUUUUACUCAAAGAGAAUUAUUGGAUAGACGUUACUGCACCUACCAACGAAGAAAUGAUCAUGUUGAGUAAAAUGUUUCAUAUUCAUCCUUUGACUACUGAGGAUAUCAUGUCGUAUGAAAUAAGAGAAAAAUGCGAUGUUUUUCGACACUAUAUGUUCGUUUGUUAUCGGGCCUUCUUGCAUGAUAUACAACAAUUAAAGCCAGUAACAUUCUACAACAUUGUCACAAAGAAGCACACCUUAACUUUUCACUUUGAACAGGUACCACAUGUAGGCAAUGUACAACAAAGAGUAAAACAACUACAAGACUAUAUCGAAAUUGUGCCAGACUGGAUCAAUUAUGCUCUAAUAGAUGAAAUUACAGAUAGUUUUGCACCAAUCAUUCAGCAAAUUGAGUCAGAAGUAGAUGCUAUUGAUGAUUCUGUUCUACUCUACAAAGUAGAUCAGACUGACGUAGUGUUACGUAUCGGUACCUGUCGUAAGAAAGUAAUUCAAAUGGUACGACUGCUGGGAACCAAAGUAGAGGUUGUGCGUGGGUUGAUGAAACGCAUUUUAGAGAACCGGCAUGCAUGUCAAGAUGUAGUUUUUGAUGAACUGACAGAUGGCAAGAUUUAUCCUGAUGUGGAACUAUAUUUAGGUGAUGUUCAAGACCAUAUCUUAACUAUGGUUCAAAACUUGAAUCAUUAUGAGACUGUAUUAGCAAGAUCUGAAUCAAAUUAUUUGGCGCGUAUCUCAAUUCAAUUGACAGAAACGUCUAAUUCUACUAAUCAUGUUAUUGGAAGAUUGACUAUUUUUGCCACUGUGAUGUUACCUAUGAAUUUGAUUACUGGUUUAUGGGGAAUGAAUGUCAAGGUUCCUGGAAAAGACUAUGAUAACUUAGUUUAUUUCUUUUGGAUUGUAAUUAGUCUAGUAGUAUUUGCUAUUUUUUCAUUGACUCUGGCAAAAAGACUUAAAUUCAUAUAAGAAUAAAAUUGGUGCCCGAGGACGGCUACUUUAUUGUUCGGAUCGGGUAGGGGUUUGGACGUCAC